AGAGCGAGUGCGGAUGGCCGGAUACGGAAGAACACCGCCGCCGUCGUGACUUCUGCAGCCACAUCGAAGGUUACGGCUCCGUGUGUUCCUGUUCCGACCCGGCGCCCCUUGCCUUCACUACGGAGCCCCUGUUGAACAAUCAAGUUCACGAUGUUCCUGUGGCCAUUAUUGCUAGCAACCGUCCCCAUUAUCUAUACAGGUCCCUGCGUUCCCUGCUGGCAGCACCAGGCGUCAACCCAGACAUGAUCACAGUCUUCAUUGAUGGCUACUAUGAGGAACCUCUUGCUGUGACGAAGCUGUUUGGUUUGAGAGGGAUACAACACACACCACUUGGGGUGAGGAAUGCUCGUAUAGCCCAACACUACAAGGCUUCACUGACGGCCACCUUCAACAUCUUCCCAGCUGCUCGUUAUGCUAUAAUAUUAGAAGAAGACCUUGAUGUCUCCCCUGACUUCUUUAGCUACUUCAGUCAGACCCUACGACUGUUGGAGGAGGAUCCAUCUGUAUACUGUGUGAGUGCAUGGAAUGACCAGGGUUACGAGCACACCAGCACAGACCCUGCACUCCUCUACCGCGUCGAGACCAUGCCUGGCCUGGGAUGGAUAUUGAAGCGUUCCCUCUACAAGGAUGAGCUUGAACCCAAGUGGCCUACACCAGAAAAGAUGUGGGAUUGGGAUAUGUGGAUGCGUUUAGGUGAGGUGCGACGUGGAAGGGAAUGUAUUGUACCCGAUAUAUCUCGCACUUACCAUUUUGGAUCAUCAGGACUCAACAUGAACUCUUAUUUUCAAGACACCUACUUCAAGAAGCACUCCUUCAAUACUCUACCAUAUGUUGAACUACGAGACUUGGAUAGUUUGAAAAAGGAGGCCUACGAAGAGUUGAUAACAGAGAUGCUGCGUCGAGGAACAGUAUUGGAUCACUCGCAGAGUCCUUGUGAAGAGACGUUUGUACCGGAUACCACUGGGCACACGUACCUUCUCUUCAUUCAAAUGAACCACCACAAAGAUUACACUACAUGGCUGCAAGUUGCUAAGUGCUUACGUAUAUGGGACCUUGAUGGUCGAGGCUACCACCAUGGCAUGUGGAGAUUGAACAUCAAAUCUAAUCCGCUUCUUAUUGUGGGCGUGCCAUUCUCACAGUAUUCGUGA